GAUUUAUAAAAAGACACAGUUGAGAGCUGGGAUUUCCUACUGCGUUUUAACGGGGGGAACGUCCAGGAAAAAUAUUCGUACCCGACUGUUUAAUGGCUUCAAAACAAACUGUUCUCAACAACGGAUGAUGCAGGUUAGAUGAGGCUCUGUACGGUCCCCGGACACUGGUAUGAAGCUAUGUGGGGGGCUGCUGCCACAUGUGACUGGCGCCAUUAUACUGCUGUUGCUUAACUUCGGCAAGAUUGUUCAGGCGCACUGCUCAGACAAGAAGUUCUACUACAAGUUGCCGAACCACCCCGGUUAUUGCGAGUUGUGUCGUAUUUGCCCCCGUGAGGUUUUUGACAAUCACAGGCUGUAUGAAGAACACCUUCAAGAACAAUGUCGGCAGAUCCCUGCUCUUCCUGACGGAAGACGGGCUCACUGCCACAGCACGUCCUUCGACAAACCAUCCUGUGAGAAGUGGAUCCCUCGUAAUGGAAAAGCCGUCUGCAGCAAUGACAACACCAUCUAUAGCACCUGCUUCCUCGAGUGCUCUGUGGGUUAUAUACCAUCCCAGUCAACCAACAUCACCUGCAUCGACCACCCACAGCCUCACUGGGACCAUCAGUUUACACAUUGUAUAGGUGAAGGUGAUGACGCUGCUCUGGAUACAGUAGCCAUUGUUCUUAUAGUGAUAGUGGUCUUGGCUGUUGUCGUCCUUCUUGUUGUUGUUUUCAUCUGUGUCAGAAAGAAAUCAUCAGCUGCUGCAGAUACUGAUGUUGAAGAACAAGUAGCUCCACCAGCUGUGAGGAAUGUCAGUAUAAUCCUGGUUAAUGCCACUCAGAGAUGUUACAAGCUACACAGGUGGUUUGCAAAGAAAGGCAGUACAGUGUCAGUCGAGGCCCACAGUUCAGGAUGUAGUAUCCAGUAUCUUGUCCUGCUCAAGCAGGACUCCAAAACAGGAGCUCCUGCCGUGUAUUCCAGCAAGCCUAAUGGUCCCAGCCAAGUGGACCUGGUCAGUGUGGACCAGUCCCACCAGGGGUCCUACAACUGGAUCGUCCGACUGACAGAUGGAGUGACGGAGAGAGGCCACUUCAAGCUGGUGGUCAAGAAGCACAUGUGCUCACUGUAUGCAGGAUUAUUUCCACCAGGAAACAUUCCGGUUGCCCUCCAUAGCUCCGCUGGACAGCAUCCUGUACCACCAGAUGAUGAGGCUGAAGACAGACUAUCUUUCACUCAGCCAGGAAGUGUGGAAACCGGUCAACAAGCUGUUCCAGACACCUCCUUCAUCCUGGUUACCACAGCAACAGAGGAUCUGGAGCAAUUGCAGGAACCCCUGUGCACCAGGGACAAGAUGGAAGGCUAUGCCAGACUGAUGCAGACGCCAGAAGAUGUCCACACUCUAUGUCGUCUGCUUGACAGAGAGGAGCAGGAUGGACAUGCGUCUUGGCACGUCAUCGUGACAUCACCGCUGCUGGGCUAUGACAGGGACUUUGUCUCCUUCCUGGAGUACCACCGGAAAGGUAAGAUGUACGACGGGCCGAUGUUUCACAUCCUGACACUGAUGAAACAGAACGGAACAACCGUGAGAGGAGCUGAUCCACCUUCUGCAGGAGUACCAGCCAUCAUCUAGCAAAGCUAUUGCAGUCUUGGAGAAGUACUUGUGAAGAAGUGGAUAGUUCACAAUACACAUCUCUCUGUAAUGGGUGAGGGAGUUGGGUUUUACGCUGCUUUUAGCAAUAUUCCAGCAAUAUCACAGCGGGGUACACCAGAAAAGAGCUUCACACAUUGCACCCAUGUGGGGAAUCAAACCCAGGUCUUUGGCGUCAGGAGUGGAUGCUUUAACCGCUAGGCUACACCUCUUGGGAACAAACUGCACCUUGUUGCUAGACAACAGUGUGCCUACCAAUAUCUGUGGAGCCAAGCAUGAUGUUCCUCUAUCUCUGUGGAACUACCCUGUUUGGUUUUAGUCCAUCUUUGAAUGCAAGCCAACCCUUCUUUAGGCUGCCAAAUUCCAGUUGCACUGCUCUUAUGUAAUACGUAAAGAAAGAAAUAUGCUAUUGACUUAUUCAAAGUUUAGAA